UUUGCAAUUUUCGGGGGCCAUUUCUAAGCCCUAAAGUCCUAAACCCUCUGCAACCUUUAACCCAUAAAAAAGGCAGCUUUGCAUCCGUUUAUGCAAAACCCUUCAUCGUUAGAGAUCUGAAUUCGUUCGACGAUGGCUUCCAAAUGCAGUAGAAUUUUCACCAGGGCUUCCGUUUCUACGAUCAAAUCCGCCAUUUCGAAACCAAGUCCUGCUUCCUAUACGAGAUCAGCCACGGCGUCGUUUGCCAAACCCGCUCCCACUUCAAAAUUUUCUCCUUUACCUCUUCGCCGCUUCUCUCUCUCCAGGUCACCAGCGGAGUUGGGGAGCACGGCAUCAAUGCUGCCGCUACAUAGCGCAGUGGCGACGGCGAGGAUGACAUCAUGCCUGAGCUCAUCGUCGAGGUGUUGUAGAGCUCUUUCUCAGGAGCUGGGUCUGUCAGUUCCGAGGUGACUUUUGUUAGCAGGCUAUCAGAAUUAUCUUCAUAUGAAUUGGUAAGGGCAGAGCUCCUAUGCUUUCCAGCACAUACGUUAUCAAUAACCCAUAAGACUAUUCAAGAUCCCAGAUCAGCAUAUUGAUUUUCAAUGCUCUGGAAGAAACAAAUUCUAUUUACAUUUUGGAAGGCUGGAAGUUGACUUGUUUUCUUUCUGGUUGUAAGGUAGUCUCUAGUGUAUUUGGUUUCACGUAAGCUGAAUUCCUCCUCCUGUUGACACCCUUUCUUUUUUGUCUUCUUGAAAUCUAACAUUUGUACCUCAGGCUUGCUUGUUAGAGCCUAAACCAUACUCCAGGUUCUGAAAUUAACAGCAUCACUUUAUCUUUGAA